AUGGUACUUACACAGUGUUAUUUUGCCCCUCCAGAUUUUUGCUUUGCUGAGUCACUUGCUUAUAUCUUUGUCCUGCUGACCUUGAGCCAAGUCAUCAUGCCUAGGAGCCACAAGGGUAAAGGUCGCUCUCGCACCAAACGUCAAAAUGUACAGGAGAGGAGCCAUAGUCUUGAUGUUGCUCAUCCCACUGUAAAGGAGGAACCAACAUCUUCUAUUGGUCAAGAGGAUUCCCCCAGGUCUCCUGAGAGUUGCACUCACCUGGCUACUCAGACAAAUGUAGCCUCUGUUUCUGAUGACUUAAGUGUGUUAUCAAUAGGUGCUGUAGGUGGUGAGACUUCUGGUAUAAAUGCUGAGGCUUCUGUUAUAAGCUCUCUGCGACGUUCAGGCACUUUCAUGAUAGGCUCUACCACUCAUCCUGUGCGCAGAAAUCUUCUCAACAGGAAGGCAGGUGCAUUGAUGGUGUUCAUGCUGGAGAAGUUUAAGGUGAAAGAGCACUUUACACAGGAAGAUAUGUCGAGGGUGAUUAACAGGAAGUAUAAAGCACACUUCCCUGAGAUCAUUAAAAGAAUCUCUGUGCACUUGGAGCUUGUCUUUGGCCUCGAGUUGAAGAAAGUUGAUCCCAAUUCUGAGUCAUAUAUGCUUGUGGGCAUGCUGGGUCUCUCUACUGAGGGAAGUCUGAGGGGCAGUAGUGGGUUACCCAAGACAGGGCUCCUGAUGACCCUCCUGGUUGUGAUCUUCAUGAAUGGAAACAUUUCCAGUGAGGAUGACAUUUGGGAAUUUCUGAAAGUGGUGGGGAUAUAUCCUGGAAGGGAUCACCCAAUCUUUGGGGAACCUAGAAAGUUCAUCACUAAAGAUCUUGUGAAGGAAAAUUAUCUGGAGUACCACCGAGUGUCUGGCAUUGAUCCUCCAAAAUAUGUGUUCCUGUGGGGCUCCAGAGCCCAUGCUGAAACCACGAAAAUGAAAGUCCUGGAAGUUUUAGCGAAGAUCAAUGAUGGUAUCCCUAGUUCCUUUCCUUGUCUAUACGAGGAGGCUCUGAUUGAUGAGGCUAAUAGAGCAGCAAGGAGAGUUACAGCUGUGCCUGGCAAUGCCAUUGACAGUCCUCAUGUAGGGUACAUAACCCACAGCAUCUCCUUUCUCUAG